UAUGUCAUGAUUCGUCCAGAGCAUGUCAUGACACACGACAAUACUGGUCCUGUGAUCUCAAAGUUCAAAUCUAUCGGUGCUACCCGCAUACACAAUCCCAAGCAGGUCGUCUUUACGCUCGACCAUGAUGUCCAGAACAAGUCAGAGAAGAACCUCAAAAAAUAUGCCACGAUAGAGGCAUUUGCUCGGAUAUACGGCAUCGACUUCUACCCCGCAGGUCGAGGUAUCGGCCACCAGAUUUUGGUCGAGGAAGGAUACGCUUUCCCGCAUGCGCUCACGGUCGCCAGUGACAGCCAUAGUAACAUGUAUGGCGGUGUUGGGUGUGUUGGCACUCCCAUUGUCCGUACUGAUGCUGCCGCCCUCUGGGCAACAGGUCAGACAUGGUGGCAGGUUCCUCGGAUGGUCAGGGUCGAAUUCAAGGGCAAACUUGCACCGGGGGUGUCUGGAAAGGAUGUCAUCGUCGCAUUGUGUGGCUCGUUCAACAAAGAUGAAGUCCUCAACGCGGCUAUCGAGUUCACAGGCGAGGGUGUCCAGCAUCUCUCUAUCGACGAACGGUUGACAAUCGCGAACAUGACAACGGAAUGGGGUGCCCUCGUCGGCGUCUUCCCUGUAGACGCUGUCGCAUUGGACUGGUACGAGCGUAUGCUGAAGAAGCUCGAGCUCCGCACCUUCUCUACUCCUGCUCUUGGCUCUUCGAUCCCACCCCCUCCAGAACACCCACGUAUCAACCGGGCCCGCCUCGAUGCCCUUCGCACCGCAAACCUUCGUUCCGAUGCUGACGCCGAGUACUCGUCGCACCUCGUCUUCGACCUUUCGACUCUUGUCCCGUAUGUCUCUGGUCCCAACAGCGUCAAGAUCGCGAAUCCGCUGCCCAAGCUCGAGGAAGCAAAGAUCAAGAUCAACAAAGCGUAUCUGCUCAGCUGCACGAAUGCUCGUGCUUCUGACAUCGCUGCUGCUGCUGCGGUCAUUAAGGGCCACAAGAUCAACUCAGACGUCCAAUUCUUUGUCGCGCCUGCUUCCUCUGAGGUCCAGCGUGAGGCCGAGCAGAGUGGCGACUGGGAGACCCUGAUUGGGGCCGGUGCCAAGCUUCUCCCUGCUGGCUGUGGGCCGUGCAUUGGCCUUGGUACGGGCCUCCUGGAGGAGGGCGAGGUCGGUAUCAGUGCUACCAACAGGAAUUACAAGGGCCGCAUGGGCCAUCCACUCGCUCAGGCGUACCUCGCCAGCCCCGCCGUCGUCGCUGCGAGUGCCGUCAAAGGCUACAUCGCCAGCCCCGAUCUUCUCGACGCCAGUAAACUCCCCCCAGCCGGUGCACCUACAUUCUCUAUCGUUGGCUCGCCCUCAUCGGAAACGAAGCUCUCACAGAAGGAAGCCGUUCUCGCAGGCUUCCCGGAGACCUUUGCAGGUCCCCUGCUCUUCACACCCCAGGAUAACCUGAACACUGACGGGAUCUACCCCGGCAAAUACACGUACCAGGACGACAUCACGCUCGAGCGCCAGGCCGAGGUCGUCAUGGAGAAUUACGACCUAACGUUUGCUCAACUUAUUGUGGAUAUCCGCAAGCGGCAACCCGCAGACGACGAUGCACGUAUCAGGCGCGGCGUCGUGCUUGUGUCCGGAUACAACUUCGGCACGGGCUCGUCCCGCGAGCAGGCCGCAACGGCACUCAAAGCCGCGGGCAUCCCCAUCGUCGUCGCGGGCUCGUUCGGCGACAUCUUCAAGCGCAACGCGAUCAACAACGGGCUCGUGUGCGUCGAGUCGCCUGAGCUCGUUGCAGACCUCACUGUGGAGUACGCAAGGGAUGGCAAGCGUGGUGCUGGAGGCAAGGAUGGUGAGCUCACCGUCAACAGGGGCCUCUCGGCCGUAAUCAAGGUCGUCGACGGCGCACUCACCGUCACUUUCCCCGACGGCAAGACCAAGACGUACACCGUCCAACCAGUAGGCGCGUCCGUGCAGGAGUUGUGGCUGUGUGGCGGUCUCGAGGGAUAUGUUCUCAAGGCUAUCCAAUCUGAGAACUUUUAAAACGUCUUAUGCUGCUACAAGGUCAGAAAUGCACCUGCUCCCAAGCAAGACCCUUUUGAAUUGUAGGCCAUGAUUCGUGUGUGUUGUCACCGACGGCG